UUCUCUCUCAGUUUUGCCUGCGUCAUACUCAGCUGGGGUUUUAACGCUCAGAAUCGGGAAGAUCAAGUAAGAAAAGCUGCUUUAUUCUCAACUUUUKCAGUUACCACUGUUGUGAGGGAGUCACUGAUAGGAUUUCUGAAGAUGGAAAAGGGACAGGAAUCUGCUCCCCCCUACCCCGGCCCCCCCAUGAACUAUGGAGGUGGCGGACCACCACAGCCCGGGAUGUACCCUCAGGUUCCUCCUCCGGGUGGAUACCAGGGAGGUGUUGCUUUUCCUCCUGCCACAGUUUCACCAACAGUGACUCAUAUGGUGGUAACACCAUCACUACAUGAUGUCCCGGGACAGACUCUGUGUCCUCACUGCCAGCAGACUGUGAUCACCCACACAGAGCACGAACCAGGCUUGCUGACCUGGGCUAUUUGUGGUGGACUCACCCUAUUUGGAUGCUGGCUUUGCUGCUGUAUUCCGUUCUGCGUUGAUUCCUGUAAAGAUGUGCAGCAUCGCUGUCCAAACUGCAACAAAGUCAUCUACAUAUACAAACGGAUGUGAAGCUCAAAUCCCACAGAUCAUGACAGAAGACAAAAACGGUGCUGAGAAGAAAUCUGAUUGCUUAAAACAUUGCUGAGGAAGUCCCAUUUGAAAUGAUUUGUCCUUCUGUCAGAGAGUUCAGAUGAACAAUCAGGGAAAUUGUUGUAAACAUGACAAUUAAAAUAAAAAUAACCUGUUUGUCAUCAUUAAUACAAGCUUUUUGUUUUGUUGUACAACAUACAAGAAAUAAAAAAAUAAACUCUUUCACAUCACUAAAGGACUUGUAAGACAAGCUGUUGUACGUGCUUGUUGUUCAUGUAUUAUCUGUCAGAUUUURUUUUUGUGUGUGAUCAUUCUCGUCAGAAAUCCUGGUUUGUAAUUGCACCAAUCACUGCCAAGUAUAAAAAUGUGUCUGUUUUACAUAAAAGGUCAUAUCUGACUAAGUAUCCUGAAUAAAGAAUAUACAUCUCCAUCAAAUGAAA